AUGGACCAGCUGAGAGCUCAGCUGGAUACGGCUCAAGGACCUCUUCAACGUCACUCGUCACUUGAGAACAUCUUGGAUGACAAUGGCGAGGGAACGGAACGAGUGGAAGAGAUGCUGGGGCUCGCACGUCCAGCGAAAACGGGCCAUCUAAACAGCGAAACCGGACUAAAAGUGAUUGAUGGUCAGAUUUGGUCAACAGUUUCUUCCCACAAAACAGUUUUGAGAAACUCGACCACUUAG